UGUCAACAUGUUUACUAAAUUUGAUCAAGAUAUAAUUCAACAACAACUCCAAACAAUUCAAUAUUUCUUCAUUAAAUCUCAAAGAAAAGUACUACAAAGAAUUGAAAUAAGCAACUUAAAAUAGUAGUUAUAAUUAAAACUAUGUUAAGAGUACAAAGUAUAGAUACAUAUCGAAACUCCGCUGCUGUGGUUAUCGAAAACAAAACGCCGGGUAUUUUUGCGGACUAACUUUUUUCUGUUUACGGUCUUUUAAGACAUAAACUACUUUAAAUAAUUAUGGUGUCUACAAGAAGCGUGCGAUAUAAGUUCAGUGAGGGUGAGCGCGUAUUGUGUUAUGAGCCUGAUCCAACUAAAGCAAAAGUGUUGUAUGAUUCCAAGGUUUUAGAAGUGAUAGAAAAUAAAGAUAAACGUGGGAAACGAAGUGUGGAAUAUUUAAUCCACUUUCAAGGAUGGAAUUCAUCUUGGGAUAGAUGUGUGAGUGAAGACUUUGUUCUUAAAGAUACCGAAGAGAAUAGACAAUUGCAAAGGGAUCUAGCUGAGAAAUCACAAUUACAACUGGGUGCAUAUUUGUAUAGAAGGGAACGAAAAAAAGGUAGCACCUCAUCAGCUGGUACUGGGACAGCAAAAAGAGUUCGCCAUGGAUUUAGUGAUGAUGGUUCCUCAUGUAGUACUCAACCUGAUGAUGGUGAAACAGCCGCAGACACUGACACCUCAUCGGGUUCAGGUUCAAGUGCUCAGCAACAGUCUUCUUCGACAAAUCAGUCAGUUUCCAGAGCACAAAUUGCAAUACCACCUACACUCAGAGAUCGCCUCACACUGGACUACCACUUGGUGGUAAAACGUGGAAAGGUGGCACGUUUACCGGCUUCUCCAAGUGCUGCUGAAAUACUGGAGUCAGUAGUAAAAUGGUUCGGCAGAGCCGGUGCCUGGAACCCACCUAGGGGCAAGCAUGAUCCACUACAGAAGCCAGAUAUUCUGGAAGUUUCAGCCAGAUUGAAUCUAGUUCGGGAAGUGGCUGAUGGAUUACGUGUAUAUUUCGACUUUAUAUUCCGAGGGCACAUGCUCUACAAACAAGAAUUACGACAAUAUCAGGAAAUGUGUGGGCAGUAUAAUAAUUUUCCAACAAGCGUAAACACAGAAGAAGACCAGGAAUACCAAUCGCCUGAUGAAGAAGAGAAAGAUAUGAAGAGUCCUCUUCAAGAAUACGCCCAUCUGCCACCGGACCCCGAAGACGAUGAACCAUUAGUGAAAAGAGAAAGACCCGAAAAAAGUGUUACAAAAAUAGAGAUAAAAGAAGAACGGAUAGAAGAUAACGCAAUAGAGGCGGGACCUUCGCAAAUUGAUGUCAGUGUCAAAAUAGAGAGGGCAGAAGAAAUCAACGAGAAAAUAGAAGUAAAAUCUGAUAUUGAAACAUAUAAAUGCGAUAAAGUUGAGAAAAUAGAGAAAGAGAAGAAUGGUGAUUCCAAGCCGUUGGCUGUUGCUCGAAGACUGCGUUCACAUAAAUCAGCUGUGUCGCAAUCGGAAAGUGAAGAUGCGAAUGUUGUUCCCACUACCACAGAACCAAAGGCCUUUGAAACGCACUCUUCAAGUGUGGGCAGUAGCGGGUCAUCGACGAGCGAGUAUCGGGGAGAAGCCGAUCGCGUCAACUCGUAUCGGCCAUACACAAGGACCCCUCUAUCUACUCUCAUGGAUAAGGUAGCAAAAUUCGAAUUAAUACCACGAGAGGGCACGGAACAUUUGCCCUGUAGAAUGUAUGGAGCCAUACAUUUGGCAAGGCUAUUUGUAAUAUUACCGGUUUUCCUAAAUGCCACCCAGAUGCAAGAUAUGAAGCUGAAAUUAAUUUUGAAAUACGUCGAUAUAUUUGUACAAUACCUGGAUGAUCACAGCGAAUGGUUUGGAGAGAACUUUUAUGUUCCUAACGAUUUUAAUACUAGUUAAAAUUCAAGGAUGUACCAAAAAUUAUGUUAAAACAAUGUACAAAGGUUGUCACGCCAUCUAGCGGUGGCAGGACUAACCGAACUGUUGACAGAAGUGUAAAAAGCCAUCGCUUUGCAAAUGAACUCGAAUUGUUUUAUAUUACAUUUUACAUGGUCUAAUGUGUUUAGAAAUUAUGCAUUUUUAUAUAUAUUUUUUUCAAUGUCUCAUAAUUAAAGUUUUAUUUUGAAAAGGUGCUAAUUCUUAUAAAAAACAAACUGUUUACAUUUUUUUUCAUGUAAGUAAUGAUAAGCAACUUUAUGAUAUGCGUCUUAUAUUAUUUUAGCCAUAACAUUUGAAACUUCUAUGGCUAAGAUACGUUUAACAAACUAACCAUUGGUAUCGGGUUAUUUUCGAGGGGAAAGCCUGAAUUAAAGUUUAAUAAAUAACUAUCCAGUUAUAAUAAAACUUCAAUAUACUACUUAUUCAGUAUUAUAUUUUCCAUUAGUUACCCUAGUUAAUACUGGGCUGGUUGGGGUCCCUCUAAAACCAUCUUAUUCUUAAAACUGAAUAGUUCCGAAACUGAACCAAUCCAACUUAUUACAGCAAAUAACCACGGUUUGUAAGAAUCAGAAGAUAAAAGCUAGUCUCAAUCAUAGAAAAGUCCAUUGUUAAACUGCAAACCACUAAUAUAUACUAAUAUAAUGUAUGAAAAAUAAAGCCGCGGCCUAUUGGUUAAUUUUGUGCAUAGUUCAUGAACUAUUUGAAUUAGCACCGACCUCCUUAAUUUUGAAAUGACUUAAUAGAAAAGUAUUUUCUAUUUGUUAUAGAAUCCGAUAAUGUAAGAUUUAGAUGAAGUUCUAUUUUUGUAUCCUAUAAAUUAAGUGAACAUUUUAAGUGUCUUACAAUGUAAAUAAUGUUACAUAUAAAAUAGAUGGAUCUCACUCAAAUAAAACAAAGUACAAGAAUAUGUGUUUUAUUUAUCAAAAAUACUUCCAAAAAACUCAGCCUUUUUCUUGAAAUUUGAGCGUAUCAAAUGUUUACUCACUAGUGCCUAGUUUUGCCAGCAUUUCUUUAGGUUUCUCACCUAAUGCUACCAAAGACAAAAUCUCAUACAUUUACUGUUCCGUUCAAAAAUUAAUAA